AUGGAAGUCGUACUGCUAUGGCAGACGGAUUGUUCGCUGGUUUGGUACCGUUACAUGAUCUGUUUCAUCCAUGGCUUAUCAGUAAAAUCAGGUGAGUUGCUGGAUGCCGAACUGCGCGAUGUUACUGAUAUGCUGGACAGGGUUGUGCCAGCGCCAGCGAAUGAAACAGUCCAAGCACAACUACUGGAGCAGUUUGCACAACAAAUUUGGAAAUUGGAGGGACCAGGUGAGGUGAGAUAUCGUUUACGAUGCACGCUCGAUUAUGAUACGAUCGUUCGGCUGUGGCCCGAUCAUAUUCGCUAUUUAAAUGAUGACUGGAUGCAUGAGGGCGGAAACGCUGAAAAGUCCAAAAAUGAUGAUGCAGUUGGCAGGACGCCACCACCAGGUACUGAUAAUGUUUCGCAGCGAAUGAAAAAACCGGAACAGUUGCCGGCAUAUGAGAAAAGUACUGAGCGCGAACGUGAAAAGUUUCCUCGUGAAAAGGAAAGGGAAAGCGGGCGAUCGCGGGAAAAAGAAAAGGAAAAAACGAAAAGUAGGGAAAAAGAGAGGAUAACGGAUAGGGAGAAGAAAGAAAGGGAAUCGAGUAAAACUGAUUUGACAUCGGGAAGCAGAAGAGCCGGGGACAUCGAAAAAUCUAUCAGGUGA